AUGGCCACCGCUACACAAACUGGAACCACCCAAAUACGGGUCGCAUCUCCUACUGGGCCAGUCACACGCACAAUUCUUCGCACGCCCUUGCGUGACGCACUCCCCUCCGAGAUACCCAUUAUUGAUGUUUCUCCUAUUUUCAGUUCCUCUCUUGAGGAUCGCAAAUCUGUCGCCCAGCAGGUUCGCAAUGCUGCCACCAAUACUGGCUUUUUCUACAUCAAGAACCAUGGCGUUCCCAAUCAUGUUACCCAAGAAUCAUACAAUGCUGCCUUGGAAUUCUUCCGCCAGGACGUGGAUAAAAAGAAUGAGGCUUCAAUAACCAAGAGUGCCCGCUAUAACGGCUAUCGGGCUCCGGACACUCAAAGAGUCAACCCUGACGAGGGCAUCGACGUGAGGGAGAGCUUCUCCAUCACCUAUGAUCCCAGAAUUGACACCGAGGUCAAUAAGGUGCAGGAAAUUCCUGAAAACGUCAUGGAAUACAUCCGCAUGGAGGAGGGCCACUGGGAGAAUACCAGCAAUCUCCCCAAUUUCAAGUGCUCUGUUAUCAACCAUUACCAAUCUUGCCUAUCUCUAGCAAGGGCGCUUACUCGCACUUUUGCCUUGUCUCUAGAUCUUCCUGAGACGGCCUUCGACAGCAAAGUCGUGUAUCCUGACGCUGGUAUUAACAUGAACUAUUAUCCUCCCAUUCCCAACAACCAGAGCCUGACUCCCACUGAUCCCAAUGCCAGAGUCUCAAUUGGAUCACAUACCGACUUCCCCGUCUUUACCAUCCUUUGGCAAGAUAAUGUUGGGGGACUCCAGGUUCUCAGUCGGGAUGGACAAUGGAUCAACGCGAAACCUAUUCCCGAUACCUUUGUCGUGAAUAUUGCAGAUUGUUUGCAGCGAAUCACAAACGACAAGUAUGUCAGCACCAUUCACCGAGCGCAAAAUUGGAGCGGAAAGGAACGAGUGAGCAUUGGGUUUUUCUGGGGCUUUGGCUUCCACGAGACGUGUGCUGUCUUGGAUAACUGCCUUGCGCCGGGGGAGAAGAAGAAGUACGAGGACAUAAAUUGUUGGGAAUGGCUGAAGAAACGUGUCUACGAUAUGACGCAAUUGGACGAGGAAUGCAAGAAGUCGUCAUAG